UUCCAAGCGUGUGCAUCGUUUGCGAAUUUCUGUGCAUCUUUUGUGGAAGUCUAGCAUCGUUGAAGGAAAAUGACCGGACGGGGAAAGGGAGGCAAAGGAUUGGGAAAGGGGGGAGCCAAGCGUCAUCGUAAAGUGUUGCGCGAUAACAUCCAGGGCAUCACCAAGCCGGCCAUCCGUCGUCUGGCUCGCCGUGGCGGAGUGAAACGUAUUUCCGGCCUGAUCUACGAGGAAACCCGUGGAGUGUUGAAGGUGUUCCUCGAGAACGUGAUCCGCGAUGCCGUUACCUACACGGAACACGCCAAGCGUAAGACCGUCACGGCCAUGGAUGUGGUGUACGCCCUGAAGCGCCAGGGCCGCACUCUCUACGGCUUCGGCGGUUAAGCUGGACAAGGAUUGGAUAAAUGGACCUCUGUUUGCUCUCACGAUAGAUAAAAACGGCCCUUUUCAGGGCCAACGAAUGUUUCUUCGAAAAGAUUCGCUUCAUAGUUCUCAUGAAAUAUAAUUGUCUAUAGCUUUGAAUGCACAUCAUAGAUGACCGCGUACCUA